AUGGAACCUUAUUAUAGAAGCAUAAAAACCGAAGAAAUCGUGUUACUAGCAAAUUUACAUGGUGACGCAUUAGAGUAUAAGGAGCAUAUUAAAUGGUUAGAUCAGAUUGCAUCCAGAUUUUUGGUCUUUAUUAUGCCAAACGCUAGAGAGCAAGAGUGGAAAGAAUUAAGCGAUAUUUUAGAUCCGGAAAAAUUAGUCUACUUAAGUGUAGAUCAUCAAUACAGCGAAGAUAAUGAAGGCAUUGAAACUCAGAAUUUGUCAAAGGAUGACACGUUAGAAAUAGUGCGAGCUAAAUUUAAAGAAGCACUAGAAUCAAAUCUUUUAGAUAUUGAUAUCAGUAAGAUCACAUGUGAAAAACCAUUAAAAUUAGCGGAGAAGGCCUUGGCACAUUUGGAGCGAGAUCUUAGUGAAAUUUCGGGAAAAGAAUCAUUAGAAGUCAGAAAAGAACUCUUAAUAUCUAAGGGACAUCUUAUUCGUGAAAUGGAUCUAAUAUAUGGCAAUAGGAAUAAGAUAAAAACACUUAGAGAUAAAGUUAAUGUUCUUUUAGAAAGAUUUGAUGACGUAAGUUUAGGCUUGGAGCAUUUCUUUCGUGAACUUGGAAAUUUUUACGAAAUCUCUUUUGAUAAUUCAUAUAAUGCCGCAUCGCGAUUACCAAAGUCCUGUGCAGAGUUGUUCGUUGAUAAUCACGCAAUUGAAUUGAUUAACGGCGAAGCUGAUGAAAUGCAAAGUGGUUGGCUAUCAGCGAUUUUUAAAGAGAUCGAUGCAUUAUUCCCUAAUUUACGUAUUUUUGUUGUAUCAAUACUCGGUAUGCAAUCAUCGGGAAAGUCUACCCUUUUGAAUGCCCUUUUUGCCUGCAGAUUUGCAGUAUCUGCAGGUCGUUGCACUCGAGGCCUUUUUAUGAGGUUGCUAUUUUUAGAUAAAAAACUGCGCGAUAAAAACAAUGUGGAUGCGAUUCUUCUUAUCGACACAGAAGGUCUUGGUGCUCCCGAAAAGAUGAAUGAUAAAUAUGCAGCGCAGAAAGACCGGCAACUGUCAACAUAUGUAAUGGGUAUUAGUAAUUUGACAUUUAUUAACCAUAUGGGAGAAUCCAUGAAUGACCUAACCGAGAUCUUACAGAUUGCAAUUGUUGCAAUGGCACGUUUAGAAAAGAAUAAUAUUGCACCUGAUAUCUUUAUGAUACAACAUCUUACUGAAAGUAAUAUGAGAAAUACAGUCUCGGGACAGACUCGAUUCUGUGAAGCUCUCCGAAAAGCUAUAGAAAUUACAAACAUUAAAGAUUCUGAGAUAGGAAUUACAAAUUCGGAAUGCCUAAAAGAAAUAGAUAGGAGAAUUCAAAUGGGAGAUUUUAUCAAACAUUUUCGUCCCUUCAAAGAUGGCCCAAGUCCUUACGCUCCUCCGUCAGAACAAUACCAUGAAGACGUGGUCGAUUUGUAUAAAGAUAUACUUGAUGCAUGUGGACGCUCGCACAAUAAAAUGACGUUUAAGAAAUGGUAUACACUCGCUAAAAGUUAUUGGGAGUGUGUUAAAAAUGAAAACUUUGUUACUCAGUUUAAAAAUAUUAUGGAAAUGUAUGACUUUAUUGAGUUAAGUGAAAAAAUUGAACAAGUAAAGGAGGCUGUUGAUGCAGAUUUUCGAGCACAUGCUAAGAAAUGUGAAAAUGAUAUCCGAAACAAAUUUUUAUUCUUAUCUCGGCAAAAUAGAUCUGAUAGAUUGCAAGCUAUAGAGUGUAACGUACGUGAAGAAUGUAAAGAUAUGAUCAUGGAUCAAUUAGAAAUGGCAAUGAAAAUUUCAAAUGACGAAACUUGUAAGGAAUGCAAAAAUGUAGUAAAUAGGCGAGAGCAACUCGAUGAAUAUUUACAAGAUAAAGAAUAUAUAGAAGACAAAGCACGUGAAAUUUUGGAUACUAUUAAGGAGCAUAUUGAUAGUACACACAAAGGUACAGAAACACAUCUCAUUCAGAUUAUUGACGCAAAAAUCAUUGAAACAGGUUGCAACACAGAAUUUAUGGAUGAAAUUACAAAAAGUCUAGAAAAAAAAUCAAAGGAGAGGCCAUCUGGAAAGUAUAACGAAGAAGAAUGUCAAAACUUUUUUGAAGAAAUUUGGAAGAAUUUAGAAAAAAUCGCAAAUGACAAGAAUAAAAUACUGCCAGUUGAAGAACGAAUUCUAAAUGAAGUAGAAAAGGUAUACGGAAAUCUAUCAACUGUUCGCGAUCAAUUUCGUAAUUUUAUUACAAACAAUAUGGACCAAAGAAGCACGGAUAAUACAUCGUCAAUUAUUAAAGGAAUAUUUUCUAAUAUUUUUCUACACAAAGUACAGAAACAAAAGGAAAUAGAAGAAAUGUUGAAAGAGGAGUUCAAUGGAUUGGCUGAUAAAAUAAUGAGAAUGAAAAUCACAGAUCGCUUUGAAAGUGGGAUGAUAAAUGAAUUUAGAAUCCACGUGGACGCGCUAAUUAGAAAGUUAGAAGACCAACAUGCUCUGGUCAAGUAUGAAGAUAAAAAAACCAAAUGGUAUUUACAUGUUGAAACUUUGAAAAUUUUUUAUAAUAAAAUUGCAAUAGCUCAAUAUAAGUGGGAUGAAAAAAACAACCCACUUAGGAUACUUCAAAAACGGAAAGCUGAUUAUAAAACUUUCAUCAUCGGACGACUUCAAAAAGAUUUUUAG